AAUUAAUGAAAAUAAAAAUAAGCCAAUAGGAAAAGUUUUCACUUUUGUAUAGUUUUUUUCUUCGAAUUUCAAUGGCGGGUCUUCAUGCAACGCUAAGACCCGCUUCUUCUUCGUCGUCUGUAUCCUCAACAUCGUCACAUUCCCGCCUUUUACUAUUUCUCUCGGUCCUCUUAAUCUCUCUCGCCACCUUUGCUUUUCUUAUUCAAUGGCGUGGCGGGUUACCCGACCCGAUUACCCGAUGGCCUCAUGAAAAUGACCCUCUUGGGUUCCUGGCCAUGGACCUUGCCGGACCCGGUCGAUCCUCGUCCUCCUCUGAUGCAUGUGCCGAUGUUCUUGGCCAAAGCGGCGUGGCAUCGUUCACAUAUUAUAGGAACUGGAAUUUCAGUUUUGGACCCGGAUCCGGAUCCAAAAAGGGGCCUAAGAUAUGUAUCACAACAAGCACUUCUGCUGGCUUAGAGCAGACACUGCCAUGGAUAUAUUAUCAUAAGGUUUUAGGGAUAACAAACUUUUUCAUGUUUGUGGAGAGGAAAGCUGCAUCCAAAAAUGUAUCAAAAGUUUUAGAGUUCAUUCCAGGAGUAAAAGUUAUAUAUAGGACAAGAGAACUAGAAGAAGAACAAGCUAAAAGCCGUAUAUGGAAUGAAUCUUGGCUGGCAAACUUCUUCUAUAAGCCAUGCAAUUAUGAGUUAUUUGUAAAGCAAACGCUUAACAUGGAAAUGGCUAUCGUCAUGGCAAGAGAAGCUGGUAUGGAUUGGAUUAUACAUCUUGAUACUGAUGAGUUGAUAUAUCCUGCCGGCACCAGCCAUUACUCUGUUCAACAGCUGCUGUCAGAAGUACCUGAAGAUGUAGAUAUGGUAGUUUUUCCUAAUUAUGAGAGUAGCAUUGAACGGGAUGAUAUAAAGGAGCCCUUCAGUGAAGUCUCAAUGUUCAAGAAGAAUUUUGAUCAUCUCAACAAAGAAACUUACUUUGGGAGUUACAAGGAAGCAACUCGUGGUAACCCAAAUUACUUUAUGACUUAUGGAAAUGGGAAAUCAGCUGCUCGUAUUGAGGAGAAUCUUCGCCCCAAUGGAGCUCACAGAUGGCAUAACUACAUGAAGGAACCCAAAGAAAUAAAAUUUGAGGAGGCUGCCGUUCUACACUAUACAUACUCCAAGUUUUCAGAUUUGACUUCAAGACGUGAUCGUUGUGGUUGUAAGCCUACACAGGAAGAUGUCAAGCGAUGCUUCAUGCUGGAUUUUGACAGAAAUGCCUUCAUAAUUGCCUCAACUGCAUCAGAAGCAGAAAUGCAUCAGUGGUACCAUGAACGCGUCAUAUGGACUGAUACAGCACUUAAACAAAAACUUCUGAAAUUGGGUAUCUUGACUCGCAUUUAUGCUCCGAUGGUGAUCAUACAAGGCUUGCGGGAAUCUGGCAUUUUUACAAAUGUUGUCGUGUCAGCUUGGUCAGAAGAUACAAAAGAAAAGAGUUUGUCCUCUACUAAGAGUAAUAACUCUUCUGGAAACAUUGGGACAAAAGGAAUCUCUUCCAGGAGGUUUGGCUACAAGGAAUCUCAAACUACAAUACGAAAGGUCUUGAACUUUGCAGGAAAUGGAUCAUAUGCUAUUCCCCCACAAUCACCCCCUAACAUGGAUGAUAUGCACCUUCAUACGUAAAAUUCUUCAUGAACUCUGUCAUCAUAAAAGUAUCACCCAAAAUGUCAUAAAAUGUUCUGUAAUAUCUGAGUUGAUUACAGGAUCAGAAAGGGGGGAGAGGGGACUGAGCUUCUUAUUGACCUGUUCCACGGGAACCCUUUAGCAUCCUGUUCAAGAGGAUUCUCCCAGUGAUCUAAACGACUGCUUAUGUAUUGAUAAAACUCAAGGUUAUAUCCUCUAAGCGAUGUUUUAGCAAGUUUCUAGCUGCAGUUUCUUGUAAAUCUUGUAGUAUACUUUGGAUUCAUCUUUUAUGCAGUGAGAGAAUGCUGGAUUCUUUUAUGUAGCAUACUCAAACAAGACGAGUCCAGUAAUUUAUCACUGAGACCCCGGUACUGCAAGUUAUGUCUUACUUAUGCAAGUAUCCAGAAUUUGAUGGAUACAAGACCUGGAUCAAUGGACCUUCAUACAGGAAUAGGAACUUUUAUC